GAAAAGAGAACGCGUCAAUACAAGCAAACAAACCAUUCAAACAUUAUACACCACGCGGUAUACUUUGACGGCCUCCUCCGUCUUCCAUUCCCCCAUCCUCUGCUUCUCCUUUUUCAUCUUCUUCCAUUUUUUUUUUCAGUCCCCAUCUGGGGUGGAAUCCGAGAUAGAAUUGGAGGUGAGGUUGAUGGGAGUGCACCUCGGUGAAGCCACUGGGACUUUGAUCUUCUCUUCAUUUCUUUGUCUCAUGGGCGUCUCUCUCUGUCGCUUCCAAUGAGAAUUCUAGUCUUGUUGUGGCUCUUCUUCUUGCCCUUGUGCUCAGUCUUGUUUGGGAUCGAUAUCGCUUUGGUGUCCGGUGAAUGUCUUGGUGGUUCGAGGCUGUGUCUGGAGGAUGAGAAACUGUUGUUGCUGCAAAUGAAGAACAGCCUCACAUUCAAACCUAAUGUGUCGGUGAAACUAGUGACGUGGAAUGAAAGCGUGGGUUGCUGUUCUUGGGGAGGUGUAACCUGGGACUCCAAUGGUCAUGUUGUCGGUCUUGAUCUGAGUAGCGAAUUGAUUUCUGGGGGGUUCAAUAGUUCCAGUAGUCUUUUCAGUCUACAACAUCUCCAGAGCUUGAAUUUGGCCAACAACAGCUUCAAUUCUUCUCAAAUUCCAUCUGGAUUCGAUAAGCUUGGUAAUUUGACUUACCUGAAUUUGUCGGAUGGUGGCUUUUCUGGGCAGAUUCCGAUUGAGAUUUCCCACUUGACAAGGUUGGCUACUAUCGAUCUGUCUAGCAUUUAUUACCUCACUGGUAUCCCUAAGCUGAAACUUGAGAACCCAAACCUGAGAAUGUUGGUUCAGAACCUCAAGGAGCUAAGAGAACUCCAUCUUAACGGUGUAAACAUAUCGGCCCAGGGAAAGGAGUGGUGCCAGGCCUUAUCAUCUUCAGUGCCGAAUCUCCAAGUGCUGAGCUUGUCCAGCUGUUAUCUUUCAGGCCCUAUCCAUUCUUCCUUGGAGAAGCUUCAGUCUAUCUCAAGGAUUCGUCUGGAUGACAACAAUUUCACUGCACCAGUUCCAGAAUUCCUAGGAAACUUCUCAAAUUUGACACAAUUGAAGCUUAGUUCUUGUGGAUUAAAGGGAACAUUUCCAGAAAAGAUCUUUCAGGUACCAACCCUUCAGAUUCUUGAUUUGUCAAACAACAAGUUGCUCCUGGGUUCUUUGCCGGAAUUCCCUCAGAAUGGAUCUCUAGAAACCUUGGUGCUCCCGGAUACAAAAUUUUCAGGGAAAGUACCAAACUCCAUAGGCAAUCUCAAGAGGUUGACUAGGAUAGAGCUUGCACGUUGCAAUUUCAGUGGGCCAAUCCCAAACUCCACAGCCAACCUUGCUCGAUUAGUUUACUUGGACUUGUCUGAAAACAAGUUUUCCGGUCCAAUCCCACCUUUUAGUUUGUCCAAGAACCUGACCCGAAUAAACCUUUCUCAUAAUUAUUUAACAGGUCCGAUUCCUUCCUCUCACUUGGAUGGCCUUGUGAAUCUAGUGACUCUUGACUUGAGUAAAAAUUCACUGAAUGGAAAUCUCCCCAUGCCCCUGUUUUUCCUCCCAUCACUGCAGAAGAUACAACUGAGCAACAACCAAUUUUCUGGUCCCUUGUGUAAAUUUUCGGCUGUGCCUUCUGUAUUGGACACCCUUGAUUUGAGUAGCAACAAUCUGGAAGGGCAAAUACCUGUAUCCAUCUUUGAUCUCCAGUGUCUUAACAUCCUUGAUCUUUCUUCCAACAAAUUCAAUGGCACUGUUUUACUAAGCAGCUUUCAGAAACUUGGAAAUCUUACCACUCUUAGUCUGUCAUACAACAACUUGUCCAUCAAUUCAAGUGUUGGUAAUCCCACUUUGCCCCUGCUGUUGAAUCUUACCACAUUAAAAUUGGCUUCUUGCAAGCUCAGAACAUUACCUGAUCUUAGCACCCAGUCAAGAUUGACACAUUUAGACCUUUCCGAUAACCAAAUUCCCGGGAGCAUACCUAAUUGGAUUUGGAAGAUUGGUAAUGGAUCUCUUAUGCAUUUGAAUCUCUCUCAUAAUUUACUGGAGGAUGUGCAAGAACCUGUAUCCAAUCUUUCUCAUGUGUCUAUCCUUGACCUGCAUUCUAACCAGCUCCAUGGGCUAAUCCCCACCCCACCCCGAUUCUCCAGCUAUGUGGAUUACUCAAACAACAGUUUCAACUCUUCCAUCCCCUAUGAUAUUGGUACUUACAUGUCCUUCACUAUUUUCUUCUCUCUUUCGAAGAAUAACAUCACUGGAAUUAUUCCUACAUCCAUCUGCAGUGCAAGUUACCUGAAUGUUCUUGACUUUUCUGACAAUGCUUUGAGCGGUGAAAUACCUUUGUGUUUAAUUGAGAAUAAGGUUCUUGUCGUGCUGAAUCUACGGAGAAACAAGUUUAGUGGCAUUAUAUCUGGGGAAUUUCCAGUCAACUGUCUUUUACAGACUCUUGAUCUCAACGGGAAUCGUUUAAGAGGAAAAAUACCAAAAUCUCUGGCCAAUUGCAAAGACUUAGAGGUUUUAAACCUUGGGAACAAUCAGAUGAAUGAUGUCUUUCCUUGCUCAUUGAAGAACACAAGCAAUUUGCGCGUCCUUGUUCUGCGAGCCAACAAAUUCCAUGGCCCCAUUGGAUGUCCAAAGAGCAAUUCCACCUGGGCAAUGCUUCAAAUUGUUGAUCUAGCUCACAACAAAUUCAGGGGUAGGUUGCCAGAAAAAUGCUUCUCAACAUGGACAGCAAUGAUGGCAAGUGAAGAUGAAGUUCAAUCCAAGCUCAAGCACCUGAAUUUCGAGGUACUACAACUCAGUCACUUGUACUAUCAGGAUGCUGUAACAGUUACCAGCAAAGGUCUAGAAAUGGAGCUUGUGAAGGUCCUGACUAUCUUUACGUCCAUUGACUUCUCACACAACAAUUUUGAAGGGGAUAUACCAGAAGUGUUAGGGAACUUCACGUCACUGUAUGUUCUCAACUUAUCACAGAAUGGUUUCACCGGCCAAAUCCCAUCAUCAUUAGGACUGCUGCGACAGCUUGAGUCCUUAGACCUCUCACAAAACAACCUGAGUGGGAAGAUCCCUGUAGAGCUCGUCAGCCUAACUUUCCUUUCAGUCUUGAACCUCUCCUUCAAUCAACUGGAGGGGAGCAUCCCAACAGGUUAUCAAUUUUCAACAUUUUCAGCUGCUUCUUUUGAAGGGAACAAAGGAUUGUGUGGGCAGCCUCUGAAUAUAAGUUGCCUAAGCCCAGAUGCGUCGCCUCCGUCUCAGGACACAACAUUUGAAGACAAGGAGGAAUUUGAUUGGGAGUUCAUAAUCACAGGAUUGGGAUUUGGUGUAGGAGCAGGAAUGAUUGUUGCUCCACUGGCCUUUUGGAAGAAAGGGAGGAAGUGGUUAACAAGCACGUCGACAGAUUUCUUUUGGUCAUUCUUCCAGCUGUGGGAUUGAUUUACACAAACUACAAUGAUGGGAGGGUUGAGGCAGAGGAAACUAUUGGAAUAGAGCUGACAGGCAUCACAAGGGAUGAUGAUUCUGAUGAUGACUCUAAUGAGGAUAAAGAUCAAACAUUUCGUGGGCGAUUUUGUGUGUUCUGUUCAAAGCUUGACAUUGGUAUGAAGAAGGCAAUACAUGACCCUAAAUGCACUUGCCACGAUUCACCGCCUAUUUCAUCUUCAUCCUCCUUGUCAUCAUCAUAUUCUUCAUAGGCAUAGAGAAUCAAGAAAAUUUGGAAUUUUGAGCUCUUAUUUUCUCUAUUUCCAUUUUUUUUUCUUUUGUGUAUAUAUACAAAGUCCAUCAAACCCAGAGAAGGGAUGAUGAGAACAAACACCUUUCAUAUAUUUUGUAAUAUUUUGAUUCAAGAACAAUCUGCAUGAACAGUGGAAUAUUCAAACAA